CCUCUUCUCGGCAAUCUCUGAGUCAGAUACGAAUUUCUUCCAAAUUUGGAACGAUAACCUAAACCCUAGCUCCAACCGUACCUUAUCUGGACCUCCAAAAUGACCUGUUUGGAGAGAGAGAGAGAACACCAAUAAAUAGUCUGAAUCAUACAGCUGAAUAGCUGAACAAGCCAACAGUAAGGAAACAAGCGAAUGACUGAAAAUUCCCCAAAUUUGAAUCAAAAUCCUAGUUUUACACCCCCCGCCAAUCCCAUCACCUCCAAAUGCUAGAAGUCUCCUCUUCUAUUCGAUGAUAGUCAACCGUCAACAGUUAUGUACGUAAGUAGCAGUGAUUGAGCAAUUGGGUGUUCGAGCCUUGUAAGGAUCGUCAACGGUUUAACUUUUUUACGAGAGUCCAAUGAGCUGAAAAAAGUGAAUUCUUUUAGAGAGAGAGAGAGAGAGAUUGAGAUGAGUCUGGAAAAGGGAAUGGGUGCGGUGGUUGAUUGCAGUGUUGGAGCGGUAGUUUGGGUUAGGAGAAGGAAUGGGUCAUGGUGGCCUGGUACGAUAGUGGGUCCAGAGGAGCUCUCAGGUGCUCAUAAUCUCAUGUCUCCGCGAUCAGGGACUCCAGUCAAGCUUCUUGGAAGAGAAGAUGCCACUGUGGACUGGUACAAUUUGGAGAAGUCCAAGCGUGUGAAGGCGUUUCGAUGUGGUGAGUUUGAUGAUUGUAUUGAAAGGGCUGAAUCUUCCAUCGGAAUGCUUCCAAAUAAAAGAGAGAAAUAUGCGCGUCGGGAAGAUGCUAUUCUUCAUGCUCUUGAACUUGAGAAGAAGUUUCUGGGGGGCAAAUAUAGUAAACUAGGUUGUUCUUCCAAUAGUAGGAGCAGUAAAUCAUCAGAUCCCAUAGAAAAGUCGUUAGUGUCACCUUCAGAAUGCUUGGGCAAGGACAGUGGCAAACAUGUCCACCCCAAGUCACAUUCUAAGAAACUAGAUUCGCCCAUGGAGGAUAAGAGCAUGGAUCAUCCUCUUCAUGCACAGAAAGUCAAAGAAGGAAGGCUUCUUGAGAGGGAUGAGGAUAAUUCUGAAAUAAUACCUCGGCUGCGAGGUUUGCAGAACAUUGGUCUCAAGAUUUCCUGUUCGAAUAAAAAACUUGCAUCUUCUGUCGCUUCGAAUGGCUCUCGGAAACCUGGAUUUGAUAAUAGCCCUGAAAAUAAAGUUCAUGCCAACAAUAUUACUAAUUUGGACCAUCGGAUGAAGUCAAAUGAAGUGUUCACCUAUGAGUCCCUUGUUAGGAGACGUGAUGGGCGCCGUCCUCUUGAUCAAGUACUGCAGAGUACAGCAUACUUGACGGUACAUCGCUCCUUGCGGCAUGACAACAAUAAUGUUCCCAUGCUUAUGUCUGAAGAGGAGCAGACAGGAGUAAUACUCCGUGCCAAGAGGGGCAGGUUUGUUGACUUGCCAAGAGAGUCUAUUAAUUUUUCGGAUGAUAGACAAUUUUGCACCAAUCAUAUGGUGAUUCCACCUUCUCAGUUUGAAGAGAGCACCUUUCCUCAUCCUGGUGCUUUGGAUGAAGAGACUGCAUCUGAAAAUACUGGAACUGAUUCUUCUGAGACUGAUUUGGUGGAUUCAGAUGCAGAUGAGGAGAUUGUAGUACCAGAUGCAGCUGCAGUCACUGGAUUAGAAACAAAAUCACCAGGAAGGUCUGGAACUCAAGUGCCAUAUGCAAGCAUAAGCAGUGAGGAGCCUGAUGACUUGGCACUCACCGGUGAUGUGUCUCACCUUUCCCGGCGCGACCCUGUUGGAGUAUCGAAAUGGAAACUUAAAGGGAAAAGGAACAACUGUGGUGUUUCCAAAAGGUCCACUGAGGUUUCCAGGAGCUCUAUGUGUGGAACAAACCUUGAAGAGAGGGGAAGCAAUAGUUGGGGUGAACCUGAUUUAACUGAAAACAACUUAGGUGCAUUUGACAACCGAGGGUUUUUGUUAGCCUCAAAACCAACAUCCGAAGGUUUAGAUGAUUUCACCCAUAAGAUAAUUGAUUGGGAGGACUUCUCUUUGAAUGAUCACCUUGUUGUGAAAGGAUCCUGGGAGGAGGAUUCAAGCAAUUACAAUUACUUCGAUCAAGUACUUGUGGGCUGUGGUAAUUCUGGUGGCAGGAUGAAGUCCAUGUUGGUAGAUGUGGAUCUUAAGGUCCAACCGAACUAUCAAAGAGAGCAUGUCCCUCUGAUUUCUUUGAUGAGUAAGUCAGGUAACGCCAUAGUUGGGUACCCUAUCCAAAUUGAGGCACUUGAAAACGGUGCUUCUGGAGUUCUUCUUUCUGUAGCUGAUGGUGAAGAAAAUGAUGAUACGGAAGAACCUUUGCGGAGAACUUCCAGGAGGACAGCCGUAUUUCGGGUCCGACACCAACAUCCAUUGGCAGAAUUAGAUGGUGAAGAUUAUGGUCACAAGCCAAUUCGCCGUCCAUUAGACCGUAGGUAUUCAAGAAAGCAACCAAAGAAGACAAGCAUUAAAAAGAUUAGAGCUCUGUCUUCAAUUGGCACCAAAAAGAAGCUAAAAAAUGAUUUGAGAGAAUGUAUCAAAAACUUUAAAGUGGAUGAGCUGAUAAAAGGGGAGUCUGGCCCAACUCCAGUUGCUUGUGUCCCUGUUAAACUUGUAUUCAGUAGGCUAUACGAGGAAUUGGUUGGCCGCCUUCAGUAAACGUUAAGUCACGGACCUCCUGUGAGUUGCUAUACAGAAGAUUAUAUUGGCAAUUGCCGCAAUAGUUACAUUAAUGAGAUUAGUACCCUUAUACUACUGUAAACGGAACCUUGAUUCCAGAUAAAGUCAGCAAUGUUGUACAUGGGUUUCCGAAGAUGUUGAAGAAGGAAAUGGACUUUCAUUUCCCAGCGUUGUUG